AUGAGUACCACACAUCGUCCAUUUUCGCUAAAUCAUGGAACAAUUGAAUACACAAUGUUGGUUCCAACCAAUUUGUUGUUUGGAUUCUCCCAAUUGAAGGAUCAGUUCAACAAGACGUUGCCCGAGCCCACCGAAGGAUUUGCGGGAGACAACGAACCCUCGUCGCCAGCUGAAUUAUUUUCCCAGUUUUUAGGCUACACCGCUUCGUUGGUGGAACCUAAGGCCGCCGGUCAGUUCGACGAAGUGUUGAAGUUCAGUUUGCAUGAAUUUGAGGUGAGAUUCUUAUCCACCACCGAUGUGCAUUCGUUCGCAGGGCGUUUGGUCAACGACGAGGCGUACCCUACCACCUUAUCGAAAGUUAAAGGAAUUAUCAAGAAUUAUUAUAACGCGGUGAUCAACUCUAAUGCCACCACCACGAAGACAGAAUCAAACUUGUUGAAGAAUGCAAUGAGCCUCAAUUCGGACGGUAAGGCCAAGAUCUACGCCAUUUUUGGUGGUCAAGGUAACACCGACGACUUCUUCGAAGAAUUGAGAGAAAUCAACGAUAUGUACAGUGGACUCGUGUCCGAUUUGAUUGGCAAGAUUGCCACUCAAUUGAACUAUCUUGUUAGAACCACCGAAAAUGUCGAUAAGAUUUAUACCCAAGGAUUUGACAUCUUGACGUGGUUAGCCAACCCGGAAAAGACCCCAGACCAAGAUUAUUUAUUAUCAGUGCCAGUUUCAUGUCCAUUGAUCUGUGUCUUACAAUUAUGUCACUAUACGGUGACAUGUAAGGCCUUAGGGUUGACUCCAGGUGAAUUUAGAAGCUACUUGAGCGGUACUACCGGUCACUCGCAGGGUUUAGUUACUGCCAUGGCAGUUGCCUCGUCUUCUAGCUGGGAUAACUUUAUCGAGAAUUCUUUGAAGGCUAUUUCGUUAUUAUUCUAUGUUGGUGCUAGAAGUCUUAUAACUUUCCCAAGAACCACCUUACCACCAAGUAUGUUACAAGAUUCACUCGAUAAUAAUGAAGGUAGACCUUCUCCAAUGUUGUCUAUUAGAGAUUUAUCUAUAGAACAAGUCGAAGCCUUUAUCAAGCAAACUAAUAAUCAUUUACCAAGUGAAAAACACAUUGCUAUUUCCUUGGUAAACGGUGCGAGAAAUGUCGUUGUUUCUGGUCCACCAGAGUCAUUAUACGGGUUGAACUUGACUUUGAGAAACAACAAAGCUCCAUCUGGUUUAGAUCAGGCUAGAAUUCCAUUCAGUGAAAGAAAAUUAAAGUUCUCUAACAGAUUCUUGCCAAUCUUUAGUCCAUUCCAUUCUCAUUUAUUAGAGCCGGCUACUGACCUUAUCCAUAACGACUUGACUAAUGAAGAAAUUGACUUUUCACCAGCGGAUGUUAAGAUUCCUGUUUUCGACACUUUUAACGGUGAUAACUUUCAAACUUACACAUCUAAAUCGGAAGAGUCCGUUAUUUUGAGAUUAACUAGAUGUAUCACCGAAUUAGCCGUUAACUGGGAAAAGGCCACCAACUUUGCUUCGACUCAUAUCUUAGAUUUUGGUCCGGGUGGAGUCUCUGGUUUAGGUGUUUUAACACACAGAAACAAGGAAGGUACUGGGUCCAGAAUUAUUAUUGCUGGUACUUUAGAUACCGUUUCUCCAGAUGAUGAAUAUGGUUUCAAACAAGAAAUAUUCAACAAAGCACCUAACUCUACCAAAUGGGCUUCAAACUGGUUGGAAGAAUUCAAGCCGAAAUUGGUCAAGAACAGCGCUGGUAAAGUCUACGUCGAUACUAAAUUCUCGAAAUUAUUAGGUAGGGCCCCAUUAAUGGUUCCUGGUAUGACCCCAACUACCGUUAACCCAGAAAUAGUCGCAGCUACUAUUAAUGCUGGUUACCACGUCGAAUUAGCCGGUGGUGGUUACUUCAAUGCUUCAUCUAUGCAAAAGGCGUUAGAAGACGUUAGAGACCAUAUUGUUCCUGGUUCUGGUAUUGGUCUUAACUUGAUUUAUGUUAACCCAAGAAUGUUACAAUGGGGUAUUCCAUUGAUCAAGGAAUUGAGAGAAAAGGGAUUCCCAAUUCAAUCGAUGUCUAUUGGUGCUGGUGUACCAUCUUUAGAGGUUGCAACCGAAUAUAUUGAAACAUUAGGCUUAACCCAUUUAGGUUUAAAACCUGGUUCGAUUGAUGCCAUCUCUCAAUGUAUUACCAUCGCUAAAGCACACCCAACUUACCCAAUUGUAUUACAAUGGACUGGUGGUAGAGGUGGUGGCCAUCAUUCUUUUGAAGAUUUCCAUCAACCUAUUUUACAGAUGUACUCUAAGAUUAGAAGAUGUUCCAACAUUGUUUUGAUUGCUGGUUCCGGUUUUGGUUCUGAUGAAGAUACUUACCCAUACUUAACUGGUACAUGGUCGCAAAAUUACAAGCAUCCACCAAUGCCUUUUGAUGGUGUUUUAUUUGGUUCGCGUGUUAUGACUGCCAAAGAAGCACAUACUUCAUUGGAUGCUAAGAAGGCUAUUGCGUCGUGCACUGGUGUCAAGGAUGGUCAAUGGGAAAGUACUUAUAAGAAGCCAACUGGUGGUGUCAUUACUGUCAGAUCAGAAAUGGGUGAACCAAUCCAUAAGAUUGCCACCAGAGGUGUUAUGUUAUGGAAAGAAUUGGAUGAUACCAUUUUCAACUUACCUAAGAACAAAUUAACGGAAGCCUUGAAGAAGAAGAAGGAUUAUAUUAUCAACAAGUUGAACAAGGAUUUCCAAAAACCAUGGUUCGGUAAGAACGAUUCUGGUGUUUGUGAUUUGCAAGAUAUGACUUAUCAACAAGUUGCCAACAGAUUGAUUGAAUUAAUGUAUGUCCAGAAGUCUUCCAGAUGGAUUGAUCUUUCAUUAAGAAACUUUGUCGGUGAUUUCUUGAGAAGGGUUGAAGAAAGAUUCACUACCCAAGCUGAUUCUGUUUCCUUAUUGCAAAAUUUUGCUCAAUUACAAAAUGAGCCACAAGUUUUCGCAGACAAAUUCUUCGACCACUUUGUGUUGGCUCAAACUCAAUUGAUCAAUGAAGAAGAUUGCGAUUUCUUCUUGAUGUGCUGUCAGAGACCACAACAGAAACCAGUUCCGUUUGUUCCUGUUAUUGAUGAAAGAUUGGAAUAUUUCUUUAAGAAGGAUUCGUUAUGGCAAUCAGAAGAUUUAGAAGCAGUUGUCGGUGAAGAUGUCCAAAAGACUUGUAUCUUGCACGGCCCAGUUGCAGCUCAAUUUACUACAAAGGUGAACGAGCCAAUCAAGGAUAUCUUGGACUCUAUUCACGAUGGUCACAUUGCUAAAUUACUCCAAGAUGAAUAUGAUGGCGAUAAAUCAAAGAUCCCAGCUGUUGAGUAUUUCGGAGGCCAACUCCCAAGUUCUCUGACUUCGGUCCCAAGUGGAGUUUCCAUUGAAUCGUCGGAUGAUAAGGUAAUUUACAGACUUAGCUCUCAAAAAUCCUUACCAACGAAGACGCAAUGGUUAGAAUUGUUAGCCGGUAAUACCUUGAGCUGGUUACAUGCUUUUAUUACCACUGAUAGGGUCGUUCAAGGAUACAACCACGUUUCAAACCCUCUUCACGAUGUUUUAAUUCCAAGUGGUGAAGUUGUCGUUGAAAUUUCUCAUCCAAGUAACUCCUCCAAGACUUCAUUAGUUGUUUUAGAACCAUUGAAUGGGGAAUUACAACCGGUAGUUAACAUUAAAUUGGUAAAGGAAUCGGUUAUUCAAUUUGAAUUGGUUGAACAUAGAACUGCCGAUUCCAAGCCAGUCGCCUUACCUUUCUUAUACACCUAUGCACCUAGUGAUGGAUUUGCACCAAUCUUAGAGGUUAUGGAAGGCAGAAAUGAUAGAAUAAAAGAAUUCUACUGGAAGUUAUGGUUCGGUUCCAAUGUUCCAGUUGAUUUUGAUAUUGAUGUCAAGAAGGCUAUUGUCGGAGAUGAGCUUACUAUUACUGGUCAAGAUAUCUCUGAAUUCACUCAUGCGAUCGGUAACAAGUGUGAGGCAUUCGUUUCAAGACCGGGUAAAGUUAGCUUAGCUCCAAUGGAUUUUGCAAUUGUUAUUGGUUGGAAGGCUAUUAUGAAAGCCAUUUUCCCUAAAACAAUUGAUGGUGACUUGUUGAGAUUAGUCCAUAUGUUUAAUGGCUACAGAAUGAUUCCUGGUGCUGAACCAUUGAAGAAAGAUGAUGUUGUUUCAUCAAGUGCUGAAAUCAAAGCUGUUUUGAAUCAACCAUCUGGUAAGUUAGUUGAAGUUAUUGGAACUAUAUACAGAGAAAACAAGCCAGUUAUGGAAGUCACCUCUCAAUUUUUGUACCGUGGUGAAUACGUCGAUUAUGAGAACACGUUCCAAAAGGUUACUGAGACACCCGUUCAAAUUCAUUUCAAUUCUGCCAAGGACUUGGCUAUUUUGAAGUCUAAGGAAUGGUUCCACUUAGAAAAAGAUAUUGAGUUAUUAAAUCAAGUCUUAACUUUCCGUUGUGAAUCCACUUAUAAAUUUAAGAGUGCUGAAGUUUACUCGUCGAUCACUACUGUUGGUCAAAUCUACUUAGAAUUACCAACCAAGGAAGUCAUUCAAAUUGGUUCGGUUGAUUACGAAGCAGGUAAGUCAUACGGCAACCCAGUCACAGAUUAUUUAUCUAGAAACGGUACUACCAUCGAACAAGCCAUUAAAUUUGAAAACUCCAUUCCAAUUUCAAGUGGUGAAGAAUUGACUUCAAAAGCUCCAAACACUAAUGAACCAUAUGCCAAGGUUUCUGGUGAUUACAACCCAAUUCACGUUUCCAGAGUUUUUGCUUCUUAUGCUAAGUUACCUGGCACUAUCACUCAUGGUAUGUUCUCAUCUGCUUCCAUUAGAGGCUUAGUUGAAGAAUGGGCUGCCAACAAUGUUGCUUCGAGAGUCAGAGCUUUCAAGAGUACAUUCGUCGGUAUGGUUUUACCAAACGAUAUCUUGCAAACUACUUUGGAACACAUUGGUAUGAUCAACGGUCGUAAGAUUAUUAAGGUUGAGACUAGAAAUGUCGAAACUGACACCUUGGUAUUAUCUGGUGAAGCUGAAAUUGAACAACCAAUCACUACUUAUGUCUUUACUGGUCAGGGUUCUCAAGAACAAGGUAUGGGUAUGGACUUAUAUGAUAGCUCUGAUGUUGCUAAAGAUGUUUGGGACAGAGCUGAUCGUCAUUUCCUUGAUAACUAUGGUUUCUCGAUUCUUAACAUUGUCAAGAACAAUCCAAAUGAAUUGACUAUUCACUUUGGCGGUGCUAAAGGUAGGAAGAUUAGGGACAACUAUAUUGGAAUGAUGUUCGAAACUAUUGGUGAAGACGGUGAAAUUAAAUCUGAAAAGAUCUUCAAGGAGAUUGAUUAUACGACAACAUCUUUUACUUUCGUUUCUCCAACUGGUUUAUUAUCAGCUACCCAAUUUACCCAACCAGCUUUAACAUUAAUGGAAAAGGCAUCUUAUGAAGAUAUUAAAUCUAAGGGAUUAGUUCCAGAAAACAUUAUGUUUGCUGGUCAUUCAUUAGGUGAAUAUUCGGCAUUAUCUUCUUUGGCGAAUGUCAUGCCAAUUGAAUCGUUAGUUGAUGUCGUUUUCUAUCGUGGUAUGACCAUGCAAGUUGCUGUUCCAAGAGAUGAAUUAGGUAGAUCUAAUUACGGUAUGUGCGCUGUCAAUCCAACCAGGGUUAGUCCUACUUUCAAUGACGCUGCUUUGAGAUUUGUUAUCGAUGAAGUUGCAAAGAAGACCGGUUGGUUAUUGGAAAUUGUUAACUAUAACGUUGAAAACACUCAAUAUGUUACUGCUGGUGAUUUGAGAGGGUUAGAUACCUUAACUAAUGUUUUGAAUGUCAUUAAGUUGAACAAAAUUGAUAUCGUUAAGUUACAGGAAACUAUGUCUUUAGAAGAGGUCGCUGCUCAUCUACAAGAAAUUAUUAGCGAAGUUUCGUCACAAUCAUUAGCCAAACCACAACCAAUUGACUUACAAAGAGGUUUUGCCGUUAUCCCAUUGAAGGGUAUUUCGGUUCCAUUCCAUUCUUCAUACUUGAUGUCCGGUGUUAAGCCUUUCCAAAGAUUCUUAUGUAAGAAGAUUCCAAAGUCAUCAGUCAAGCCAAAUGAUUUGAUUAACAAAUAUAUUCCAAAUUUGACUGCCAAACCAUUCGAAAUUACCAAGGCUUAUUUCGAAGAAGUUUAUGAAUUAACCAAAUCUGAUAAGAUCAAGAGCAUAAUUGAUAAUUGGGAAUCUUAUGAGUCUGCUUAA